CAGCCUGACUGCAAAGUGAGCUUAUUUCCUGUGUUCGGUGGGACCUUCUCAGACCAGUGGCCGCAGCAGACUGUGGGGCCCCUGCAAGUUACUCCCCCAGUUAACAAGCACAAACCAUGGCUCGAGCCCACCUAUCAUGGCAUAAUCACAGAAAACGAUAAUGCAGUGCUUCUCGACCCUCCUCUGAUUGCCCUGGAUAAAGACGCACCUCUGCGAUUCGCAGAGAGUUUUGAGGUGACAGUCACCAAAGAAGGUGAGAUCUGUGGAUUUAAAAUUCACGGGCAGAAUGUCCCCUUUGAUGCAGUGGUAGUGGAUAAGUCCACUGGCGAGGGAAUCAUUCGCUCAAAAGAGAAACUGGACUGUGAGCUGCAGAAAGACUACACAUUCACCAUCCAGGCCUAUGACUGCGGCAAGGGGCCGGACGGCACCAAUGUAAAAAAGUCUCAUAAGGCAACUGUCCAUAUUCAGGUGAACGAUGUGAACGAAUACGCACCGGUGUUCAAGGAGAAGUCCUACAAGGCAACCGUCAUCGAGGGCAAACAGUAUGACAGCAUCUUGCGGGUGGAGGCCGUGGACGCAGAUUGCUCCCCUCAGUUCAGCCAGAUUUGCAGCUAUGAAAUCGUCACUCCAGAUGUGCCGUUCGCCAUCGACAAAGACGGUUAUAUAAAAAACACAGAGAAGCUAAACUACGGGAAGGAGCACCAGUACAAGCUGACGGUCACCGCCUAUGACUGCGGGAAGCGGAGAGCAGCCGAAGAUGUCUUGGUGAAGGUCAGCAUCAAGCCCACCUGCACCCCGGGGUGGCAAGGGUGGAACAAUAGGAUCGAGUAUGAGCCUGGCAUGGGCCCUCUGGCCCUCUUCCCCAGUGUCCACCUGGAGACAUGUGAUGAAUCCGUGGCCUCGGUGCAGGCGACGGUGGAGCUAGAGACCGGCCACAUCGGGAAAGGCUGUGACCGGGACACCUAUUCUGAGAAGUCCCUUCACCAACUGUGUGGUGCUGCGUCUGGCACUGCUGAGCUGCUCCCUUCCCCGAGUGGGUCCUUGAACUGGACUGUGGGCCUCCCCACUGACAAUGGCCACGACAGUGACCAGGUCUUCGAGUUCAAUGGCACACAGGCAGUGAGGAUCCCCGAUGGUGUUGUCUCGGUCAACCCGAAAGAGCCUUUUACCAUUUCUGUGUGGAUGAGGCACGGGCCUUUUGGCAGGAAGAAGGAGACGAUUCUCUGUAGUUCAGACAAAACCGACAUGAACCGACACCAUUAUUCACUCUAUGUCCACGGCUGCCGGCUUAUUUUCCUCCUCCGCCAGGAUCCUUCGGAAGAGAAGAAAUACAAACCUGCGGAAUUCCACUGGAAGUUAAAUCAGGUCUGUGAUGAGGAGUGGCAUCACUACGUCCUCAAUGUGGAAUUCCCAAGCGUGACUCUCUACGUGGACGGAGUUUCUCAUGAGCCCUUCUCUGUGACCGAAGAUUACCCGCUUCAUCCAUCCAAGAUCGAAACUCAGCUCGUGGUUGGGGCCUGCUGGCAAGAGUAUCCAGCAUUUGAAAAUGACAAUGAAACCGAGUCUGUGCCUAUGGCCUCAACAGGUGGUGAGCUGCACAUGACCCAGUAUUUCCGAGGUAACCUGGCCGGCCUGACCGUCCGUUCCGGGAAACUCGCUGACAAGAAGGUGAUCGACUGUCUUUAUACCUGCAAAGAAGGGCUGGACCUGCAGGUCCCCGAAGACAGCGGCAGAGGCGUGGAGAUCCAUACGAACCCCAGUCAGUUGGCGUUGACCUUGGAGGGAGACGACAUCGGGGAGCUGGAUAAGGCCAUGCAGCACGUUGCCUACCUGAACUCCAGGCAGUUCCCCACACCGGGGAUCCGAAGGCUCAGAAUCACCAGCACGGUCAAGUGUUUCAACGAGGCCGCCUGCAUCUCCGUGCCCCCGGUGGACGGCUACGUGAUGGUGCUGCAGCCCGAGGAGCCCAAGAUCAGCCUCAGUGGCAUCCACCAUUUCGCUCGAGCGGCUUCCGAAUUUGAAAGCCCAGAAGGGGUUUUCCUUUUCCCUGAGCUUCGGAUCAUCAGCACCAUCACGAGAGAAGUGGAGCCUGAAGGGGAAGGGGAUGAGGACCCCACAGUCCAAGAGUCGCUGGUGUCUGAGGAGAUCGUGCACGACCUGGAUACCUGUGAGGUCACGGUGGACGGGGACGAGCUGAACCCGGCCCAGGAGAGCCUGGAGGUGGACACGGCCCGCCUGCAGCAGAAGGGCAUUGCAGUGAGCGCCUCCGACCUGGGCAUGGUCUUCACGGGUGUGGACAGCAUGGCCAGCUACGAGGAGGGGCUGCGUCUCCUUCGCUAUCGGAACUGGCACAGCAGGUCCCUGCUCGACCGGAAGUUCAAGCUCGUCUGCUCCGAGCUAAAUGGCCGCUACGUCAGCAACGAGUUUCAGGUGGAGGUGAACGUCAUCCACGCAGCCAGCCCCAUGGAGCACGCCAGCCACAUGGCAGCGCAGCCCCAGUUCGUCUACCCAGAGCACCAUGCCUUCGUCGACCUCUCGGGUCACAACCUGGCCAGCCCCCACCCCUUUGCAGUUGUCCCCAGCACCGCCACGGUGGUGAUUGUGGUGUGCGUUAGCUUCCUGGUCUUCAUGAUCAUCCUGGGCGUGUUCCGGAUCCGGGUUGCUCACCAGCGAACCAUGCGGGACCAGGACGCCGGGAAGGAGAACGAGAUGGAUUGGGACGACUCUGCCUUGACCAUCACCGUAAACCCCAUGGAGACGUACGAGGACCAGCACAGCAGCGAGGAGGAGGAGGAAGAGGAAGAGGAAGAGGAGAGCGAGGAUGGGGAGGAGGAGGAUGACAUCACCAGUGCCGAGUCGGAAAGCAGCGAGGAGGAGGAGGAAGAGGAAGAGGAAGAGGAGAGCGAGGAUGGGGAGGAGGAGGAUGACAUCACCAGUGCCGAGUCGGAAAGCAGCGAGGAGGAGGAGGGAGAGCACGGAGACCAGCAGAACGUGAACAGGCAGCAGCAGCUGGAGUGGGACGACUCGACCCUCAGCUACUGAGCCGCGAGGCCACUCCCUCCACCACCUCCCUUUCUGCUUCAAGAGACUCUGCUGCCAUCUGUCCUCCCAGGCCCAAGGGUCCACGGUGUACAAAGUCAUUCUGGCCAGUAGGUCUGCAGACCCUCCCCAUCGCUGACCAUCCGCCUGUGCUUGGUGUGUAGGCCCCCCGCCCUCCACCCAGACCGCUCUUAAGUUAUGUGAGGAGCUGACGCACGCUGUCCACGGCUCGCUCUGCGCGGCCCCCUCGCGCCUCCAGAAAAGCUGCAGUGACCGGACUCGACCAGGGGUUAAAAUCGCUCACUCCCACCUCGUAAUCCGUUUUUUUCUUCUUUUUUUUAAAAGUUUUUAUUUUUUCCAAACUAGUGCAUGUAUAAAAUGGCAGAAUGGGGGUUAAUAUGUAGAUGAUGAACUGACUUUUUAAUAUUUUGUAAAUAAAUUGCGAUUCCUCGUGUCCUCCAUGCUAGUGUGACCCGGGACUGGCAUAUGCAAGGUGAAGCCUGAAACACAGUGCAGGAGAGACCCCGCGGGCUCCUGCCUCACCCCCACCCUGAGAGGAGAGGGACCUGCCCUGCUCGGGCCUUGCUGGGUGCACCCCUCGGUGGGUGGCCAGGCAGUGAGGGGGAAUGGACUUGCGCUCCCACCCGAGCUCAGCCGGAGGGCACCAGAUCGGGACCCCUCUCUGGAGGCUGGGAAACGGCCAGGCCUUUCCUUUGGGAUUCUACCCAUUUCUGAUCUGGCAGAGGGGUGGGCAUGCCGGGGUCCCUGGCCUCUUUCACACACUCCUCCGAUGACCGGCAGCUCCUUGCGCAGGAAGCUGGACUCCUCGUGCGCAGCCUUGGGUUCAUACCUACUAGAUGUCCGUUGCCCUGCUGGUGAGUGUGCGUACGGACGGUGCGAAGCGUCUGGCCACUUGGUUGGAGACAGAACAGGCCUGAGUGGCCCGUACUCGGAACGUCCGAGGACAGACGCACUGCAAGGACGCCCUGUGGCCAGAAGGCAAAGUGCUAGCUUCCCCCCCAACAGCCCCAGAGGUAAGCCCCCUCCCCAGGAGUGGGGAGCCCCGCUGCUCGGCCUGGUGGGGGAGGAAAAGGAGAGGACACGUCCUGAGCUAAAACCCCUGUGGCACUUUGUUUUUAAUUUACAUGUAAAAUUUUAGAUUUCUAAAACUGGGGGAAAAUCAUUUGAAUCCUGUUCUGUGAUCAUGACUGCUAGUCGCGAGGACACUGCGGCUGUCCUGCGUCGUGUGUGGCCGUCCUCUGUGUCCUGUUGCUCUAGCCGCCCCGUAUAGACGAUGGUGGAGGCUGAUGCGGGCUCCGCGUGGGCCGCUUUCCGGAUGUGUGUACUGAUGAGGCCAGAACGUGUAUCCACGACAAUAAAGUGCUGGUUCUAACCCCA